AUGCCCCGCACCUACGACCAGACCGACCCGAGGCGCCCGGCCAACGCCCUCCCCUACCGCUUCCCCGCCUCGUCCUCGACCCUCCCAGAGCUCCUCUCGUUCGCGAGCAUGCUCUGCAGCGGCCUCGCCAUGCUCACCCGCUACGCCAUCUGGCCCUGGUUCGGCCUCAUCCUCGCCCUGAGCGGCAUCCUCGGCCAGAAGAACCUCGGCGCGCAGAAGCAGGCGAGCGACCAGUCGAGCCUCCUCGGCGGCUACACGUCCCUCAUGUUUGCCUCGACGUCCCUCAUGUCCAUCUACUCGCCCAUCCUCCUCGGCCAGGCCGUCAAGGCGGGCAACAUCGGGUUCAGCAUCAACAAGGGCCUCAUCUACCUCCCUCGAGACCUCCCGACGUCGUAG